CGGAAAUGAGAGAGUGUAUCUCGAUCCACAUCGGUCAGGCCGGCAUUCAGGUUGGCAAUUCCUGCUGGGAGCUUUACUGUCGCGAGCAUGGCAUCCAGCCUGAUGGCCAGAUGCCAAGUGACAAGACCAUCGGUGGAGGUGAUGAUGCAUUCAACACCUUCUUUAGUGAAACUGGUGCUGAUCUUGAACCCACUGUCAUAGAUGAAGUGAGGACUGGUACCUACCGCCAACUUUUCCAUCCAGAGCAACUAAUCAGUGGCAAGGAAGAUGCUGCCAACAACUUUGCUCGUGGUCACUACACAAUUGGGAAGGAGAUUGUUGAGCUCUGCCUCGACCGCAUCCGGAGACUUGCUGACAAUUGCACUGGCCUGCAAGGGUUCCUAGUUUUUAAUGCUGUUGGAGGCGGCACUGGAUCUGGUCUUGGCUCACUCCUUUUGGAGAGACUCUCUGUUGAUUAUGGCAAGAAAUCAAAGCUUGGUUUCACUGUGUAUCCCUCUCCACAGGUCUCCACAUCUGUUGUUGAGCCAUACAACAGUGUCCUCUCAACUCACUCCCUCAUAGAGCACACUGAUGUUGCAGUGCUUCUUGACAAUGAAGCCAUUUAUGACAUCUGCAGGCGCUCUCUUGACAUUGAAAGGCCCACCUACACCAACUUGAACCGUCUUGUUUCCCAAGUGAUUUCUUCACUGACUGCCUCCUUGAGGUUUGAUGGUGCCUUGAAUGUGGAUGUUACUGAGUUCCAGACAAACUUGGUGCCCUAUCCCAGGAUCCAUUUCAUGCUCUCCUCUUAUGCUCCUGUCAUCUCAACUGAGAAGGUGUACCAUGAGCAACUCUCUGUUGCUGAAAUCACCAACAGUGCCUUUGAGCCCUCAUCUAUGAUGGCCAAGUGUGAUCCUCGCCACAGCAAGUACAUGGCAUGCUGCCUGAUGUACCGUGGUGAUGUUCUGCCCAAGGAUGUGAAUGCUGCUGUCACCACAAUCAAGUCCAAGCGCACCAUCCAGUUUGUUGACUGGUGCCCCACUGGAUUCAAGUGUGGUAUCAACUACCAACCACCUACUGUUGUUCCGGGGGGUGAUCUUGCCAAGGUGCAAAGGGCUGUCUGCAUGAUUUCUAACUCCACCAGUGUGGCUGAGGUGUUCUCCCGCAUUGACCACAAGUUUGAUCUCAUGUAUGCCAAGCGAGCUUUUGUGCAUUGGUAUGUUGGCGAAGGAAUGGAGGAAGGUGAGUUCUCUGAAGCUCGUGAGGAUCUUGCUGCAUUGGAAAAGGAUUAUGAGGAGGUUGGUGCUGAGUUGGCUGAGGGAGAAGAAGGUGAAGAGGGAGAUGAGUAC